AACAAAUGUGAAUCAUCCAGUGUUAAAGUUCUACAUGAUGUGAUUAUUUUUGGUGAACUAAUCAAGGUACUGAUCCCUAUUUGCAUGCUAAACAAAAUAUUCGUUUUGUUAUUGGUAUAUAUUCAAGAAACUAGCCGAAAACAGUAGUAUAUCGCGUUAAAUCAACCAAUAAAUCUUGCCACAUUGGCAUAUGAAAGUGUCAUCACCUGAUUUUGACAACCCAAACUUGAUGAUGUUAGCAUAAUGGUGAUUUCAAAUUUUAGAAUGCCCAUCCAGGCACCUCAGUGGACGGAGUUCCUCUCUUGCCCAGUUUGCUGCAACAGCUUUGAUGAAAAACUUCGCAGUCCAAUAAGUCUGGGCUGUAGCCACACGAUAUGCAGGGUUUGUCUUUCGAACUUACCAAGAAGACAGUGCCCCUUUGACCAGACGAACAUUAGUAUCGACAUAGAAAACUUGCCCAUCAACACUGCUUUACUGCAACUGGUUGGACCAAACGUAAGGAACGACAAUGAUGAAAUUGACUGUAAGAUUAUUCCUAGGGAAUACCUAGAUUAUUAUUUACAAUGUAAACGAUACAUAGAGCAACUUGCUUUAUACUUAAAGCCCUAUCCUAGUGGAAGUGUGUGUAGCAGUGGAAGUAUCCUUUCGAGACCUAUGCAAAGAAAACUAGUCACUCUGAUCAACUGUCAGUUAGUCGAAGAUGAAGGACGAACAAGAGCUAUGCGAGCUGCUAGAUCGUUGGGCGAAAGAACUGUUACAGAACUUAUUCUGCAACAUCAAAAUCCCCAACAGCUGUCUGCGAAUUUGUGGGCCGCUGUUAGAGCCAGAGGUUGUCAGUUUCUAGGUCCAGCCAUGCAAGAAGAAGUGCUAAAACUGGUACUUUUAGCUUUGGAAGAUGGUUCAGCUCUAUCUAGGAAGGUUCUGGUGAUGUUCGUCGUACAACGGCUAGAGCCGCAUUUCCCGCAAGCUUCAAAAACCAGUAUAGGACACGUUGUACAAUUGUUGUACAGAGCUUCUUGUUUUAAGGUUUCGAAAAGGGAAGGGGAUUCCUCGUUGAUGCAACUCAAAGAAGAAUUCCGAACGUACGACGCCCUCCGUCGAGAACACGACGCCCAGAUCGUUCAAAUAGCAACCGAAGCAGGAUUAAGAAUUGCCCCGGACCAAUGGUCGGCUCUACUAUACGGAGACACCGCGCAUAAAUCGCAUAUGCAGAGCAUCAUCGACAAACUUCAGACUCCACAGAGCUUCGCUCAAUCCGUGCAGGAAUUGGUGAUUGCUUUACAGAGAACGGGGGAUCCCGGGAAGUUGUCGGUGUUGAGGAACCAUUUGGAUUUGUUGGCUGCGAUUGAUCCUAGUCCUGAAUCGACUUCUCCUUCAUGGAGUGCUUGCGCAGAAUGUCUGGAAGCUGUUCGACAAGUCGUGGCCGGUCUCGUAGAGUUCAUUCACCAACAUGGAAGUAGAAAACUGCAAGACACUGCGCACUCACAGCAUGCCAAGUACAAGAUCAGCAUGUGUCGAGAUUUGACUCUGAGAGGAAGUUGUCCAAGAGGGACAAACUGCACUUUCGCACACUCGAACGAAGAGCUGGAAAAAUAUAGAGCAAAGAAUCGCAAGACGAUAACAAGAAACAAAGAGCACCGCAUAGAAAAUCAUUCGCCAACUGAAAAACCCUUCAACCAAUCAGAAGACUAUUACUCCAUCUCUAACACGUCGACAGUAAGUCCAGUACCACUACAGCCAGUAGUCCAGAUACCUAGAAUGGGGUACGACGUACCGUACCAUCCCAAUCCAACGUAUCCUUCAACGCAGCCCUUUACACAGCCUGUGUAUCAACCUCAACCUUCAACGUUUCCUGUUCAUGAAAUUUAUUCUCCUCCAAACCACGGGAACAUUGUUCUCGCAAACGGAGGGCAGUAUUAUCAACCGCAACAAGGAGAGUAUCCUUCCAUUGGAAAUCAACCACAACAGGGAGUUGAUAUGAAGAGGUCUUGGGAAGUAGUGAUGUCACAGAUAGCCAAAAACCAGAACUUCAACCAACAACCCAAACUGAACAGAAGCUCGACCAAGAGCUUAGCCGAGCUACACCAACGAAAACAAGAAGUAAUUUCUCAGUUAGAAAAGGUAGUAGGCAAAAACGCUGCUACUGAGAUUUCCAACCACGCAAGCACACUGGCUAGACAAGAAUCGCAACACGACUUAGAGAGCCCAACGUCACCGUAUAAUUUUUGGCCGCAUAUUACCACGUCCGGUCCUACGUUCGUUAGAUCAGACUCGAUUUUGGCGGCAGAUGAUGACUGCGUUCCGUAUGACUCGCCAGCUAUUAGUAAAUAUGGACCUAUUUCGAGGAUGCAUAAAGAUAAUGGAAUCAAUCAAUCCGUGGGUGGUCAGUUCAGAGAUAAUCAAGCUUUGAUAAGACGACCUGUCACCUCAGCAAGUCCUCUAACUUAUUUUAACUACAAUAACAACAGCCACUACCAUCAAGCGGCCAUACCGACUGGUCAUGCCAUGGUAGGACAUCCAGGUAGCGAAGGAUUUGUUGCUUAUAAUUCACAGUUUCUCUUUCAUCCGAGGCUCCAAGAUCCCUCCAAGGAACUGAUCGCUGAAUCGCAGAGGGUUAAGCUUCAACUGCGAAACCUCGAGAAACAACUCAACGAUCUUAAAAUCGCUACCCAGGGUGUAACUAAUUUGAGUGACAGCGAAAGACUGACGCAGGAGCUUCAGUUAAUCGAACAAGGCAUACAAGAGAAACAGAAGGAGGCUUGUCUGUCAAAAAUCGUCCAAUCCCUCAACCAAGUGAUGGGAAACUACAACAACGGUAACCCAUCGGGGACCUCUGACGACGCCAUGUAUGAAGCAGGUAUAGCCAAUGACAUGCGCGAGCUAGAACUGAGACUACAAGAAGAAUUAGAAGAAUGGAGCGGUGAAGACUCACCAAAGUAAAUAAAACAAUAUUUUUAUAAGACCCAGUGGGUUUAUGUUUCGAGUUUACUCCCCCAUAUACUUGUACUAAAUGUGAGAGUAAGCUUUUUAAGGUGUUUGUAUUCAAUUUUUGUUUGGCUUAGGUCGUUUUGGUUUUUUGAUGGAUUGUUGUGGUGAUAGGUUUGUCAAUUUGUCGGUGGUGUAAUCUUGACUAUCUAUAGUUUCAUUCAAACUGGUGAAAACGUAUAAAAACAAAUUAUGAAGACUUUUUCAAUGAAAAGUCACAAUUUUAUUAAAUAUGGUUAUCAUAAAUUUUAUUAAAAUUAAUUUUAGAAGCUGAACAGGGAAAUAAUUUACUUAUUUCAAAUAAGUAAAAAAAAAUAAUCAAUAUAUCUUCUAAUCUACAAUUCGCAUUGACAUGUAAUCAUAAUUUCAUUAGAACUAUAUUGCCUAAUCUACAACGCGCGUCUAAAUGAAUCAAAAUUUGAGUAUACUACAGAUUAAUUCACAAAUAUUUUUAUAUAUUUUGAAAAAUGGAAUGACAAUUUUAUGAACUAAAAAAACACUCCUGGUCAAAAACAUCCAGAUGCUUGCAUUUUGUACGUUUUUUUUUUAAUUUUGCAGCUGUUAACUGGUUUAAAUAGGGAGAAAGUAAACAGUAAUAAUGGAAAUAGUUUAUUUAAAACACUAAAAAAGUACUAAUAGGAAAAAUAAGUAAAACAAAA